CCUGGUAGCAGACAGGAUAUCACAACACAGCUCAUCUCCUGGUUGUGAGCUCUUAUUUACGGUGAGUAAGCUGUUGGGAUUCUAAUUUAUCUUAAUAUAAUGGAGAGUCGCAGUUCCAAAGUAAGGAUUCCUGUGGAGAAUAUUUCGUCCAAGAGCGCGUUUAAUGAGAACUGUGGAUUCCAACCAAGGCGAUCCCCAAGAUUUAACGGAGCUGCGUUGAAGGAGGAGAAUGUUGCGAAACCUGAACCACCUCCUGUGUUGUCUGCGAUCCAUUUUAAGGGCAGCAUCAAUUAUGCCAAUACCUUUGGGGAUUGUGCAAUGGCGUGCGAUGAUUUAUUGCAGCAAAUUAAAAAGACUGCAGACCCAAUCGUGCCGAUAGGUUUCGACCUAGAAUGGCCAUUCAGUUGGAAAACGGGAAGCGGAAAAACUGCUCUUGCCCAGAUUUGUAUGGAUUACAAAAUUUGCCAUCUUUUGCAUAUUUAUGAAUUGAAGGCGCUGCCUGCAGCGUUUGUUGAGCUUCUGAGCCACCCAAAAGUUAAGCUCGUUGGUGUUAACAUAAAAAACGAUGUGUGGAAACUUGGUAGGGAUUUUAAAGAUUUCCCAGCUCAGAAGGUUGUUGAAAAUAAUUGCUUUGAUUGUGGAAAAUUUGCAAAUGAAACCCUGAAUCGUUCCUGUCGUUGGAGUAUGGCAAACCUUACCGCUUAUCUGCUUAGAAAAGAAAUCUCCAAGGACCCUAAAGUACGACAAAGUAAAUGGCAUAUCCAGCCCCUCAGUGAUCAGCAAAAAUCUUAUGCUGCCACCGACGCGUAUGUAUCGUUGUUGCUGCACAACACUAUACAGGAUAAAGCGAACGCAAUCGCUAUUCAAAAGCAGAACGAGAAUAAUUGCACAGAAUAAUUGGCGAGGUAAAAAAUACUAGC